AUGAGUUCUGCAGCUGAUCAACAACAGCUUAAUAUACUCCAGAAGGCAAUGGAGAAGCAUAUGAAGGUUGAGCAGAUGGAAGAAGAGAACGACAAAAUCAGACAACAAAUACAAACCAGACAAGAAACUUUCGAAAGAUUAAAUCAGCUUUCACUUGCAGCUGCAACAUUGUUAGGCUCAGUAGAUAGCUCAGCUCCAGUUACAGAGAUGUCUUCCGCAAAAUGCCUUUCAAAACUCGAAGAAUCUGAUGCAGUCAAUGGUGAAAACGAUCAUUUCGAAGAUGAUCAAGUUAAAAUCAUAGUCGGAAAAUAUAUUAACCACUUACUUUCUAAACUUGUUGAUUUCGCUGAGAGAAAUCCAGAGCAAAUCGAUAUUUUUGGAAUGCAAGAAAUCGAAGACGAGAUGUCUCAACUUUACAUAUUUGGAGAAGAUAAGAAGAUUAUUCCUACUACAAAGCCAACAGAAGGCUGGAAGCAAAGUGCAGCUGUUCAUCAUCAGCUCUUCGAAAAGCUUCAUUCCUAUAUUGAAGAUAAUAAAUAA